AUGGCCACCGAACUUACCGUACAAUCGGAGCGCGCUUUCCAAAAGCAACCUCACAUCUUCCUUAACUCUAAGUCGAAGACCAAGUCCAGCAAGGUUGGAAAGGGUGGCCGCAGAUGGUACAAGGACGUUGGAUUGGGAUUCAGAACCCCAAAGACCGCCAUUGAGGGAAGCUACAUCGACAAGAAGUGCCCAUUCACCGGUCUCGUUUCUAUCCGUGGUCGUAUCUUGACCGGAACUGUUGUUUCCACCAAGAUGCACCGUACCCUCAUCAUCCGCAGAGAAUACCUCCACUUCAUCCCAAAAUACGCCAGAUAUGAGAAGAGACACAAGAACCUCGCUGCCCACGUUUCCCCAGCUUUCCGUGUUGAGGAGGGUGAUCAAGUCACAGUUGGACAAUGCAGACCAUUGAGCAAGACCGUCCGUUUCAAUGUUCUCCGUGUCCUUCCCCGAACUGGCAAGGCUGUCAAGUCUUUCAGCAAAUUCUAA